AUGGCUGCUGCUGUGCUGCUCGCCACUACUGAGAGCGGCGGACGUCGCCGCCGCCGCCGCCGCGAGAUGCCCCUCCCUCCCUCCGCCGAGGCAGCAGCAAGCAACCCCCGGCGGCGCAGCCAUGCAGGUGGCCGGCGCCUUCCCGCCCGCCGCGCCCUCCGUCGGUGCGCGGCGAAAGCGCUCGCGGCACGUCUCGCGUUCCCGUGGCCGGCAGCACCGAACAGCUGUUCCGUCUCAAUGGAUCCGGACGCAGAAGCGACGUCGGUCAUGGAAGACAGCGAGUUCCUGCCCAGCUGCUGGGGCCAUCGGCUACGCGGACAGGCGCUGGUGGACCACUUCUGCAGGGAGACGGCGCGCUUGAGCGAGGAGACCAGAAGCCGCGUAGCUGCACAAAAGGACAUCAGGUUUGGCGAGCACCCCCGCGAGUGCCUGGACCUGUACCACGGCGGCCGGUCGGCGGGCGAGUGCCACUCGACGCUGCUCUUCUGGCACGGCGGCUACUGGGUCGAAGGGGACCGGCAGUCGCACGCCUUCGUCGCCGACGCCUUCGUGGCGGCCGGGGUAGCCGUGGCCGUGGCCGGGUACCCGCUGGCGCCCGGCGCCACGCUCGACCAGAUGGUCGACUCGGCCACGCGCUGCACCCGACACGUGCUCGCGCUCAGGCCCGGACCGCUCGUGCUGGCCGGCCACUCUGCGGGCGCCCACCUGGCCGCCAUGGUCGCCACGCGGCUACAGGGGGAACCCCGCUUACGAGGCCUUCUUCUGCUGUCGCCCGUGUUGGACGUGGUGGCGCUGCUGGGCAGCUCUGUGGCACGAGACGCGGCCAUCGGUACCGACCAGGCGGUGCGCAACAGCCCGCUGCAGCUGGUCGACAAGCUGCCGACGCACCUGCACGUCGUGGUGACGUACGCCGAGCACGACCCCCCGUGGUUCGGGCGCAGCGCUCGGGCCUACCGCGAGGCCCUCGGGCGUCGGCGCAUCUCCUGCGAGCUGCUGGAGUACGCGGACGAGGACCACUUCGGCUUCCUGCUGGGCGCGCUGCGAGACGGCGAGCACCGAGUCACCGCGAGGCUCGUCCGUGCUUCUUCGGCGGCGACCGCGCCCUCUCCGACGCCGCAGUGAGGCACCGAGGUCGGCCAUCGGGGGCAAGGACGAACCGGUCCCCGCCGCCAUCCUCGUCACGAACACUGAGCGACGGCGGCAGCGGAGAAGAAGCCCUCGCGGGGCCCGAUCGAGUUUAUCCGCCUCUGUUUAUUAUUGGGGAGGCCGGCGCGUACCAUAUACUUCCCGGCUGCUCGAACGCCGCCGCGGUCCGUCUCGCUAAAUCCGUACAGCGUGCCGGAAGAUACAGGGGACCGUCCUAACGGUCACCGGCGAACAGAAGGAUAUAGCGCUAGCUCUGGGAGCACGGACAUUGCGUAUUUGUCACUGCUCAGAGAGCGCGCGCUCAUCGGAUUACCAUACGAGCCAGCCGCGCAGUUCUUGCGGUGGCGUUUUUCUGUUCUUUUCUUCCUUCAAGUUCAACAGUUAUUGCUAAGGCAUAAACCGAUUUUUUAUUCAGACGUGCACUCUCUGUCGUGGCUGUCUCAGUGUGAGAAAAAAAAAUUCACGCUGUACGCAAUAAGUCUUAAUGCCUUCGGGAAUAAGAUUAGUCUAGUAUACUUGCCAUCCAAGGGUUUAGAGUGUCAGGAUCGCCAGGGAACCCCGCCACCUGUGACACAGCCGGACGAUAUACAUGGAGAAGGCGCGGAGUAGCCCGUAUACAUUUGACAAAGGCUGAAUAUGCUUUUGUCAAGGAAGAGGAAAGUGAGAAGAGCAAAAGGAAAGGCAGGGAUGGGAGGUAACAUGGUUUGCUGCCGUAUAUGGGGUAGGGGUAGGGCGAUGUGGCUAUAGAAAUUAAAAUGCAAGGAAUGAACAAAAUGGGGGAGUCCAUCACGCAGGUCACGCUCUGUCACAAGCGUAAGUCUGUCUUAGAAUACGCGGGAACUGAUGCGGCCACCUAGAACUUGACAAGGUUUCGCACUCUUGCGAUUGUGAUGCAUCAUCUCAACAUGUCUGGUUCAUUGUGAAAUCAUGCACCUGCUGAUAGUAUAUGUAUACAUAUUUAACACAAACCAGCCCGGUCUCGUAGCCUAUAUACUUCAAACAUAAACCCGUCUUUAAAAAUCAUAACAGGGCUUUUGAGCACCGCUGUCUAAGCGUCCGUUGAGGCGAGAAAACUGCCAUCAGGUGCAAUGCGUUUGUCCGGCUCACGGAGAGCGCCGAAGAAGAUGUAUAGAGGAUGUACAAGGAGGGCAAAAAGUAUAGUCACAGGUGUUCAAAGAAACGAGGACAGCGCGAGCACGAGCAUUGCCGAGUCCUGGCUUCGUCGUAUCGUCUCGGCGAAUUGAAGAAAAGAGAGCUCGCUUCCCCGUGAGGCAGUGGUUUAUAGACACACCCCUAACCCCCCCUCCCGCCCCCCCAUGAGAAGCCAGCCACUCUCAGAUUUUUCCCUCGAAUAAGCUCCUCUUCUUUCCCCUGCGCAGAACGUAUUUCCACAUGCCGGAUGGGUGGUGACAGACAAGGACAUAUUUUUUGCAGACUCAAAUUGUAGUUGAGGUCAAUGUAAUAUGAAGCAUAGAAUAGCGUGACUGUCACGAAGCGAACGGUUGACUAGAGAUCAUAUGCUGCACUGUUUAUAUUUAUAACAACUUAGAUAGAAUGUUUCUAGCGGUAAUAUAUAUGUAUGAAACUGAGAGCAAACUAAAACCCAGUGGCAUUAUACAAUGUGAAAAAAAAGCAGUCAGUAGCCAUCUUGGUGCAAACUGUAGGAAGUGCAGUUGCCGGCCUGAAUUCGAAAAAAAAAGUUAAUUGUUAGCAAAUAACAGCGAACAAAUGACCGGGGAAAUAAUCGAAGGCCACAGAUCACCAAUAUUGAAAGCGAAAUGUGUCCCUACACCAUCUAUCUUACUAGUGGAAAAAAAAAAUGAUUACCAUAUUUAUCCGAUGACGUAUGACCAGACUAUUGUGUAAAAGGAUGACCAACCUCCUUUUAUGUUUUUCAUGUUUUUUCUUUAAUGCAUUUCACGACUCACUAUAGCGUAUUUUUAAAGGUUUGUCUAUCGCAAUAAUAAAUCAGUUGAUAAACAGCGCAA